AUGAUAACAUCAUCAAUUUCUUCUAUUUUUAGUUAUAAAAAUCCAGAUGAUGCAAAAGAAUUGGUUGCAAAACUAAGUGGUACUGAUAAAGAAAAUAGAAAAUGGAUUGCACGAGAAGUUCAGAAUAUUGAUUUACAAUAUUAUGAAAAGUUAUUAAGUGACGAAGUAGUUGUAAAAUAUUUUGGUGUAGAAAGGCCAUGGACAAAUGAAAAAAUUAGAAAUCGAUUAAAGAUUUGGGAAAAUCGUUAUAAUGAGGGACAUCCACAUGGCGCAUUCACUAUAUUUGAUGAUCAAAAUAAAUUUAUUGGAUAUAUAGUAGCUGGGCAAGGAGACGAAAAAGGUGUUUCUGAGCUAGCAUAUGUGCUAUCAUGUGAAUAUUGGAAUAAAGGUAUUGGUCAAUCUGUUUUAAGUAAGAUUGUUGAAGAGUGGGGUCCAGAAGUGCGUAGAAUUGGUUUAGGUGAAGGUUUUGAAAAUUUGGAUAAGCAAUACCAAGUGAUUCAAAAAAAGUUUCAAUGCUUUGAUGGUGAAAUUCUAAAACGUUUUUAUGCUACUGCUAGACCUAUUAAUAUUUCAUCAUGGCGUAUUCUAGAGAAAGUUGGUUUUGAAUCGGCGAAAUCAGAUGUAGAAAAUGCUGAAGAUCCUAUCGACUUUAAUGUUAAAGGGUUUGAUUUACCUUUGUUAGAUUAUUGUAGCCAGCUUGAAUCUUUCAUUGAAGAGCUUUAUAAAAAACAGGAGAUAAAGGUUGAUAAGCGUUAUUUUAUGGUCAAUGAAAAUGAUAAAAUAUACACAUUCAGUAGAAUGCUUGAUGGCAGAACAAGAUUUCACUAUGAAAAAGAAAUUAAUUAA